AUGGCGGCAAUGGUGGUGGUUGAGGUAGUGCUAGUGGCGGCGCUGUCGGCAUUGGCGGUGAUGGAGGGGACAAAGAAAUCAUUUUUUAGUGGUGGUGGUGGUCGUGGUGACAAAGGAAUCAUUGUCCGUUUUGGGGGUGGUGGUGGUGGAGGUGACAAAGGAAUUAUUGUCGGUUUUGGUGGUGGUGUCGGCGGCCACGAUAGUGCUUGUGGUGGUGGCGGAGGUGACAAAGGAAUCAUUUUUUGGGGUGGGGGUGACAAAGGAGUCGAAGGAAUCAUUGUCAGUUUUGUGGGUGGAGGUGACAAAGGAGUCAAAGGAAUCAUCGUUGGUUUUGGUAGUUGUGGCGGCGUCGGCGGUGUUUGUGGUGGUGGUGAUGGAGGUGACGAAGGAAUCAUUGACUGUUUUAGUGGUGGUGGUGGUCGUCUUGGUGGUGGCGGAGGGUACAAAGGAAUCAUUAUGGGUUUUGGUGGUGGUGGUGGUGAUCUUCGCCGUGGUGGCGGAGGUAGCAAAGUUGUCGGUUUUGGUGGUGGUGGUGGCGGUGGCGGAGGAGAUGACAACGGAAUCAUUGAUGGUUUUGGUGGUGGUAUUGGCGGUGGUGCUGGUGGUCGCAGAGAUAAGGAAGGAAUCAUUGACUGUUUUGGCGGAGGUGGUAGUGGUGGCGGAGGUGAUGAAGGAAUCAUUGUCAGCUUUGGUGUAAUCAAAAGGGUUGAUGAUGAGUCAAACUAA